GCAGUUAGGAGCACUAUUUAUCUGCUUGGGAAGUGAAAGGUGAAACUUCCCCUUAGAGACCUGUCCAUGCCUUCUUCACUGGUUCUCCCAAACCCACAUUAAUCCUAAUUCAGCCAUUCCUAAUUCCCAAAAGAGUGAAGACAGGACUCAUGAACAUGGAAGACUCUGAAGAAAGCCCAACAGAGAAGCAAAGCCUGGCUCAAGGCACCUCAAUCACAUUGAAUAGUGACACUGGUACAGAUAAAGUUCUUGCCUCACUAGAGGGUAAGAGGAAGCGGAAAGGGUACUUGCCAACUGAAUCAGUGAAGAUUCUCCGUGACUGGCUAUAUGAACACCGGUUUAAGGCCUACCCUUCAGAAGCAGAGAAGCAAAUGCUGUCUGAGCAGACUAAUUUGUCUUUCCUGCAGGUCUCAAACUGGUUUAUCAAUGCCCGCAGACGUGUUCUUCCAGAAAUGCUUCAACAGGAUGGAAACGACCCCUAUCAGAUCACCAUGUACCACCAAAAAGGCAAGUCUGCUGAUAUGACCCAUAAGCAGAACACAGAUUCGUCUAUACAGGCCAGGUCAGGGCCCAGAGAUCCAGACAAGAUGCAGUGGCUGCCCCUGAGCAUCCCUGUAAUGGACCAGCCGUUGGAGGAGAAGCUGCUGGAUCUAGAGUUGUCUACAGGCCAGAAGCUCACCCCAAAGGCCCAGCCAAAAAAAAAGGUCAAGAUUUCUACUAAUGAGCCUGUGCUUAUGUCAUCUUCCAAACCUGUGUUAACAGAAGAGUACAAUGACUUCAGCAGCUUCCAGCUGCUGGUAGAUGCAGCCAUGCAAAAGGCUGAAGAACUGGAGCUACAGAAGAAGCAAGAGUCCAAUCCAUGAUAUCCAAUGUCCCUAAAAUUAUCAAGUAGUUAGUCCCUUGUCUACAGCAGUAUAUCCAUUUGUGCUCCUCCAACUAAUGAAUAGUUUUAUAUUUUAUAGAGACCUUUGCCUUCUAGGCGUUUCAUAAGAACCAUUACUGGCUAUUGGGACCCAAUUCUGCUAGAUAUUUCAGUGCUUCCAGAUGGACUUGUCAUCAUGAUUAACACUAAAAUAAAGAUACCUUCUUUACUUCUUCUACUAUCUCCUAGGUUUAAAGGCUUCAGACAAUCAGACCAAUAUACCUGAGACUAGACACAGUACUGAGACAUCGUCGGAAGCCUUGCUUUGGCUUUUCUAAUCAGACUUUUUGAUCCCAGGGUUGCUGCAAAUACCACAGCACCAAUAUUUCUCCCUCUCUCUAACUUUCCUUGUUGAUUAGCAUGAAUAAUGGAAAAGAAAGGCUAUAUAAAAGAUGACUAUAACAGCA